AUGCCGAGUGCCAUGAUGGUCUCCACUGCACUGCUCUUCCUCAUCGUCACAGUGCACGUCGCUGCGGCGGCGACCGUUCAUGAGCACUCGCAGUGCCUCGACAACCCGCCUGACCUCUCGCAGCGCGGCGUAGAAGCUGGCAAGGUCGUAGACAACCUCCCGGGGGGGAUUCAGGCCUAUGUCACUGGCCCGCCCAGCUCCAAACGCGCCGUCGUCCUCACCUCCGACGUCUACGGGUUCGAGGCACCUUUACUGAGAAAAAUAGCCGAUAAAGUUGGCGUGACAGGAUACUACGUUGUGGUGCCUGAUUUCUUUCACGGUGAUCCUUACAACGACAGAAAGUUCGCAGCAGAGAUGGCGAAAACUGACGAUAUAAAAGUUGUUGUUCUUUCUCAUCCAGUAUAUGUAACUGUCGAUGAUAUGAAAGAGGUCAAAUGGCCAAUUGAGAUUCUUGGUGCUCUGAAUGAUACAAUCACACCACGUGAACAAGUCCGUCAGUUUGAGCAGGCCUUGAGUGAAAGAAAGGACAAGAUUGAAUACCUCUGA